AUGCCCAACACCAGUGACUGGGACAACGCCGACUUCCUGAUGGACCUCGGGAUCGCGCUCUUCACGGCCGCGCAGGCCAACAAGGCGCUCCCCGUCCCCGUCAAGGAAGCCGUCGAGGCUUAUCUCAAGGAGCGCGGCUGGAAGACUUCUUUUGACGCAGUUCGCAGCAACUCGAGACUAAACCCAUUCCCCCCAAAUUCGAGCACGCAUUCCCCUGCACAUGAUUCACCGAGCUUCGAGCUGCACCUGGAUUUUGAAGCCUAA